AUGGACUCUUUCAUGAAAGAGUUUGAACAUCUUAAAAUCUCACUGGAGGAGAUAAAUAAAGUUACCAAUAAUUUUAAUAACAAACCUAUUGGGUCUGGUGGAUUUGGGAAAGUUUAUGAAGCAGGACUUUCGCACUCUAAGGGGAGAAGCCUUGUUGCUAUUAAGCGUCUAGAUCGCAAAUUUGGACAAGGAGAUUCCGAAAUCUGGAAAGAGAUAGUGAUGCUCACCCGAUACUCACAUGAAAAUCUCAUAUCUCUUCUGGGAUUUUGUGACGAGGCUGGUGAAAAGGUAAUUGUGUACGAGCUUGCCUCUAAUGGAAGUCUUGAUCAGCAUCUAAGUUCCUCUGAUCUCACGUGGAAACAACGUAUCAAAAUAUGCCUUGGCGCUGCAAAAGGACUUUGCUACCUUCAUGAUGACAAGGGCACACAACAACGAGUUAUUCAUCGAGAUGUAAAGAGUUCCAACAUCCUGCUCGAUGGCGAAUGGAAGGCUAAAGUUUCUGACAUGGGACUAUCGAAACUAGGACCUGCUAAUCAGGUUCACACGGCUCUUCUCACCAAUGUUGUGGGUACCCUUGGAUAUCUUGAUCCGGUUUAUUUGCAGAAGGGUUUCUUGACGAAAGAAUCAGAUGUGUAUUCUUUCGGAGUCGUUUUAUUUGAAGUAUUAUGUGGAAGACUCUGUUUUAGCAGUGGUAAUUUAGUGCCAACAUGGAAAAAAGCUACAUAG